UUUCGCUUGUCGUUGGCAAACGGUCCCACUGACGGACUUGCGAUGAAAAUUAUUUAUAUUUCGCUUCUUCGCACGCAAAAAUUUGCCAAAAUAAACAAAGGUUAAGGUGCUGCUGGUGAAUAACGGUACAGUGAACCGCCGAAUGCGCGUAACGGUAAACCGUGCGUUUACCGCUCUGAAAGUCGGUGCUAAUUAAAAGUGGAUGCUGUGUAGCGGCCAUCGAAUCAACAAAAAGCCAACCAAAAAACACAGGCGAUCAAAAUUACUGGGGAAGUCAAAUAUAUUUUCUCCCAGCAAAUAACCGCCGGUUGUUUUUACUUCCCAAACUAAGCAAAAGCCCGUAAAUAAACAACAGUUAAACGCUACACUGCAAUUAAAACGGGAAACGCAGCGGAGGACAUAAAAUCGCUGGCAAGAAGAAGAGCGCGCUGGCCAAAAAGCGCCUUUAAAAGGGUUAAAUCAGUGUGCAAUGCGGUGGCAAACUGGUGAGCAGAGUGCUAAAUAUACGUAAUCCUAGUGGUAGUAGUCGAAAAUCGUUGAAAACAUAGUGGCGGCAGGUGCUUGGCGCUUUUGAAACGAGACAACACGACGCUGAGUUUCCAGCGUAGAGUUGCCAACCCCAAAAAAGAAACGGGGUUGCCGUUCGUUGCGCCGAAAGUGUUUACCUGGUUUGGUCCGUUUGGCCAGUUGCUCUAGGGAACCAGAAUUUCUCAACGAUCCUGGCUAGGAGAUGACUUGGAACCCAAAUUGCAGGCCAUCGCAGGCCGGGUAACCGGCAAAACCACUACUUAACCCACCGAUUAAAGCCCAUUGGAAUUGGUCCAGCAAAAGGCUCUCUAGCAGCUUAGCUCCGGCCAAGCUCUAUCCAAAACCCACUCCUCCACUCCAGCGUCGAGAUCUCCAGCGCGGGAUUGGCGACGCCGCUAACAACCGAAUUUCUUGCCCCACGCCGUUGAAGAAAAGCUGCCACCAUUCGGAAGAAGAAUACCUCGAAUAUGACCCACAAUCUCGGUAUGGCGCCAUAUCGAUUGCCGGGUCCAGCGGGCGGACUAUGUCCGCCCGACUUCAAGCCGCCGCCUCCGACGGACAUCAUCUCGGCGCCGAGCAAUCCGAAGAAGCGGCGAAAAACCUCUAGUGCAGCCAAUUCCGCUGCGGCGGCUGCUGCUGCGGCAGCUGCUGCAGCAGCGGCUGCGAACUCCAUGCAGCAGCAGGCGCCACCGACGCCGCAGGAUCUGCUGCCCCCGCCGCCGAUGGGCGGCUUUGGAGACACCAUUAUUGCCUCGAAUCCGUUCGACGACAGCCCCCAGGUAUCGGCCAUGUCCAGCUCGGCAGCGAUGGCGGCCAUGAAUCAGAUGGGCGGCGGACCCGGAGGUGGUCAUUUUGGAGGCGGCGGCGGACCUGGGGGCCAUCCGCACUGGGAGGACCGCAUGGGCAUGGGCGGCGGACCGCCUCCUCCGCCGCAUAUGCAUCCCCACAUGCACCCGCAUCAUCCUGGCGGACCCAUGGGCCAUCCACAUGGCCCACAUCCGCACAUGGGUGGUCCACCGCCGAUGCGCGGCAUGAGCCCGAUGCAUCCCCAUCAAAUGGGACCGGGACCAGGUGUCGGACUGCCGCCACACAUGAACCACGGACGGCCUGGAGGCCCCGGAGGACCCGUGCCCAUGGGCAGUCCCAUGGGCGGCAUGGCUGGAAUGGGCGGCAUGAGCCCAAUGGGCGGCAUGGGCGGCCCCAGCAUAUCACCCCAUCACAUGGGCAUGGGCGGUCUGUCGCCCAUGGGCGGUGGUCCCAACGGGCCUAAUCCGCGGGCCAUGCAGGGCUCUCCGAUGGGCGGUCCUGGCCAGAACUCGCCGAUGAACUCGCUGCCCAUGGGCUCGCCAAUGGGCAAUCCGAUUGGCAGUCCGCUGGGUCCGCCUUCGGGACCUGGUCCUGGAAAUCCCGGCGGCCCACAACAGCAGCAGCAGCAACAACAACCUCCGCAGCCACCGAUGAACAACGGGCAGAUGGGCCCGCCUCCACUGCACAGUCCGCUAGGCAAUGGACCCACAGGCCACGGCAGUCAUAUGCCCGGAGGACCUAUUCCAGGCCCUGGUCCUGGGCCCGGCGGCCUCGUCGGUCCCGGUGGCAUCUCCCCCGCGCAUAGCAACAAUCCUGGAGGAUUGAAUCCCGGCGGCAGCAACAACAACGGAAGCAAUACAAACAACGCCAGCAACAACAAUCAAAAUCCUCACCUCUCACCGGCUGCCGGACGCCUGGGAGUGCCGACGUCGAUGCAGUCGAAUGGACCCUCGGUAUCGGUGGCCUCCUCCUCGGUACCCUCGCCCGCCACUCCCACGCUCACGCCCACGUCGACGGCCACGUCGAUGUCCACGUCAGUGCCUACAUCCUCGCCAGCGCCGCCCGCCAUGUCACCGCACCACUCGCUGAACAGCGCCGGCCCCAGUCCGGGCAUGCCCAACUCCGGACCCAGUCCGCUGCAGUCGCCCGCCGGUCCCAAUGGUCCGAACAACAACAACAACAGUAACAACAACGGACCCAUGAUGGGCCAGAUGAACCAGAACGCAGUUCCUAUGCAGCACCAGCAGCACAUGGGCGGAGUCCCACCUGGCCACGGACCCGGACCCGGGCCAAUGUCCGGCAUGGGAAUGAACCAAAUGCUGCCACCGCAGCAGCCCUCGCAUCUCGGUCCCCCGCAUCCGCAGAUGAUGAACCACCCGCAUCCCCAUGCGCACCAUCAUCCCGGUGGACCACCGCCGCACAUGAUGGGCGGGCCCGGUAUGCACGGCGGACCAGGUGGCAUGCCGCUUCACAUGGGCGGCGGACCGAAUCCGCACCUAAUGGGCGGACCUCACGGGAACGCGGGCCCGCACAUGGGUCACGGCCACAUGGGCGGAGUGGCGGGACCAGGACCCGGACCCGGUGGCAUGAACGGACCACCGCACCCGCACAUGUCCCCGCACCACGGACACCCGCACCCGCACCACCACAAUCCGAUGGGCGGACCCGGACCGAAUAUGUUUGGAGGCGGCGGAGGCGGUCCAAUGGGCCCCGGCGGACCGAUGGGUAGCAUGGGACCAAUGGGCCCCGGUGGGCCGAUGGGCGGCCCCAUGGGCGUGGGCCCCAAACCGAUGACCAUGGGCGGCGGAAAAAUGUAUCCGCCGGGUCAGCCAAUGGUCUUCAAUCCCCAGAAUCCCAAUGCGCCGCCCAUCUAUCCGUGUGGCAUGUGCCACAAGGAGGUGAACGACAACGACGAGGCCGUGUUUUGUGAAUCCGGUUGUAACUUCUUCUUUCACAGAACCUGUGUGGGCCUGACAGAGGCGGCCUUCCAAAUGCUCAACAAGGAGGUAUUUGCCGAGUGGUGCUGCGACAAGUGCGUGUCUUCCAAGCAUAUUCCCAUGGUCAAGUUCAAGUGUUGAAGAUGGUGGGAAUCGAACUCGAAGUCGGAAUCAGCGGAACCUACCGAUCAACCAUCAGCACCAGCUAGCAAUCACUCACUGUAUAAAAUAUCCAAGCAUUAACUAUAUCUUAAUUGUAAGGCUUAAGCUGCUCAAUAGUCAAGACCCCACCAGUCCUGUCCUGCUCCCGGAAAUAGAAACCCGUAACAGUAACCAGUAAGUCAGUAACCCACUAAAGGGCCGGAGCAGUGUUGUGACUUUCAGCUCCGGGCUCCUGGAUCACUCGCAAAUGUCCUCCUAAAAAACAAAUAGGCAAAACAAAACAAAACAAACCUUAACGAAAAGUGUAAACGAAAUAUGUUAAUUGUAAUAUAAUUGUAAUAUGUAUGUAUGUCUGCAUGUGAAGUAAUCGAGCAGGAAAAAAGCCCAGACACGAAAGCAAAAAUCAAGCUGAGAAACAAUCUAGUUGUAUUAUAAAGCGAAAUUGUAUGAAAUUAUCGAGCGAGAUCAGGUGGGAUGAUGAUGCACAUGUCCAUUCGAAUAGCUUGCGCCUGUCAGGAAUCCCACAAACAACAAAAAAAAAAAACAAAAACAAAACACAAUGGACAACAGACAACCACUCGUAACUAUAUAAAACACAUAUAUCUAAUGACAUAUUCAACACAUUUUAGGAUGAGAGUAAAGAAGUUGUAACGAAAUGAAAUUAUCAUUGUGAAAUUGCUGCAAACUGCGUGAGUGUGUUAUUUGUUAUUACAAACCUAUAUUAUUUUUUAUACUUGCGUGCGUUUACAUUUUAAAUAAUUAAUACUGAAUAGUUGCUUGGUCGAUUGAAGGACGAUCAUCGUCGGAUACAUUUUACACAAAAAUAUUCAAUAUAGCUGGAAUGAGAGUGCGUGAAAAAUGACGAAUCGAAUGCGAGAGCAAAAGCACAAGAUAUGAUAAACGCAUGCGAGAGAGAUAAAUUUGUAAUUUAAGACGAAAACGCAGCGAAAAUAAUCGAUUCAAAAGAAAUCAAAUUUGUAAAAAUAGGAAAACAACAAUUACUCUAGGUUACUGCAACUUUAAGUUAUUUAUAAUUAAAUAAAAUACGAUAUAAAAUAAA